UUCUCUCGCUCUGCUCUGCUCUGCCCUGCCCUGCCCGUCUCCCCAACUUCUCUCGUCUUUGGCUUCGCUCUCACUCCUCAUGCCAUGAGGAACUCUUCCCCUCCCACCGCCGGCGAGGUUCCGGCGAAUAAUCUUCGGCCGCCUUUUUCCUCUUCCUACGAUGAUCACCAUCGCUACCGGCAGAAUCAUCAUCGGAGUCAAAAUCUGCCCCACCGCCAGUACCCUAAUCCCAGCUUCCCGCCAAAUUACCGGCGCGAUCAGCCUCCGCGGCCGGGAAAGACUCCGCCAGGUAGGAAUCUCCGAUCUAAUUUCGUCGUCGAGCUCCUGCACCCGACCGCCUAUUGCUACAAGGAGCGGCCGGUGCCGGCGAGACGGCAAGAGAUCGGAUCCCUCCUUUUUCGGUGUGGAAUAUCGGCGGAGACAGUGCUUGUGCCUCAGUCAGGGUCUAUCGCUGGCAGCUUCACUUUCCGGCAGUGGGUCGACGCUCGAGCCGCCGUCUUGUCUCUCUGGGACUCUCGUCUCCAAGAGAAACACGAUUUCGUUCCUAGGUUAAUUCGAAACAUUGUCGUCCCGUCCGACAUGGACGAGGUCAAUGACAAGCUUCGAGGCCUCUUCUCAGCUCACGUCGUGUCGCUCUUGGAGAAUUGUGAAGGCGUCAAGAAGUGGAACGCCGAGUUAGAUGAGAAAUCCCGCCGAAUCGAAACCGUCUCGGCUUCCAUGAAGAAGAAGGGUGGUCUCGGAUUGAAGGAUUUCAGCGACUUGAACGACAAAAAGAAGGUUUUAAAGGCAGAGGAGGAGUUAAUCGCCAAGCGAUUGGGUGAAUUCAAGAGCGCUAUGGAGUGCAUUUUGAGGUUUCUCGAAGGAAAAAAUGCAAUCUUUGAGGGUUCUGAAGAGGAAAUUGGUGUUGAAGUGUUUAACUUGGACGGGGGCUAUGAAUGGCCUCGUAUUCACCAACUGAUCCGCAGGGAGUGUCGGAGGUUGGAGGAUGGGCUGCCUAUCUAUGCCUACCGGCGCAAUAUUUUGAGGAGAAUUCACGGUGAACAGAUUAUGGUAUUGAUUGGAGAAACUGGUUCAGGGAAGAGUACACAGUUAGUUCAGUUCCUUCUGGACUCAGGAGUGGCUGCCAGAGAGUCGAUUAUUUGUACACAACCACGGAGAAUCGCUGCCAUCUCAUUGGCCGAAAGGGUUAGAGAAGAAUGUGGCGGCUGUUAUCAGGGCAAUUCAGUCUGCUCUCAUCCAACUUUUUCGUCUGCUCAGGGCUUUAAUUCGAAAGUUAUAUACAUGACAGAUCAUUGUCUACUUCAACAUUGCACGAAAGAUAGGAACUUAACCGGCGUUUCAUGCAUUAUCAUUGAUGAAGCCCAUGAAAGAAGCUUAAACACAGACCUUCUUUUGGCAUUGCUUAAAGAUUUGCUAUGCAGAAGGGUUGACCUAAGGGUUGUCAUAAUGUCUGCCACAGCUGAUGCCUGCCAACUCUCAAACUAUUUUUUUGGUUGUGGAAUUUAUCAUAUCACUGGAAGGAGCUUUCCGGUUGAGAUUGUAUACAUCCCUAGUGAUGCAGAAGUGGCUCCUGUCUUUGGCGGUAUUCCUUCAUACGUUCAUGACGUUGUGAAGAUGGCAUUGGAAUUGCAUAAAACAGAGAAAGAAGGAACUAUUCUUGCUUUCUUGACUUCCCAGGCAGAAGUAGAGUGGGCAUGCCAAAGGUUUGAAGUUCCGUCUGCAGUCGCUUUACCUUUGCAUGGGAAGCUUUCUUUUGAAGAGCAAUUGAGGGUUUUCCAGAAUCAUGUUGGGAAAAGAAAAGUCAUAUUUUCCACAAAUAUCGCAGAAACCUCAUUGACUAUUCCUGGGGUCAAGUAUGUGAUUGAUUCAGGGAUGGUUAAAGAGGGUAAAUAUGAACCUAGUACUGGUAUGAGCAUCCUUAAGGUUUGCUGGGUCAGCCAGAGUUCUGCUAAACAACGUGCUGGCCGUGCUGGAAGGACGGGUCCUGGAAGAUGUUACAGACUGUACUCCCAGUACGAUUUUGAGUUGCUGAGUCCAAAUCAGGUACCCGAAAUUCAGAGGGUCCAUCUUGGUGUGGCAGUUUUGAGGAUUGCUGCACUUGGUGUAAAAAGCAUAGAUAAUUUUGAUUUUGUUGAUGCGCCCAGCCCGAAAGCCAUUGCAAUGGCCGUCCAAAAUCUUGUUCAAUUGGGAGCGGUUGUUGAGAAGAAUGGAACUCUUGAAUUAACACAUGAAGGGUACUGUUUAGUUAACUUGGGUCUUGAACCAAGACUUGGGAAGUUAAUUUUAGGAUGCUUCAAGCAUCGAAUGGGCAAAGAGGGGCUUGUUCUUGCUGCUGUUAUGGCAAAUGCUAGCAGUAUAUUCUGCAGAGUUGGUAACAUUGAUGAUAAGAUGAAAGCUGAUUCCCUCAAGGUGCAAUUCUGUAAUCGUAAUGGUGACCUUUUCACUCUUCUUUCGGUGUACAAAGAAUGGGCAUCUCUGCCUCGAGACGGAAGAAACAGAUGGUGCUGGGAAAACAGCAUCAAUGCCAAAUCAAUGAGGAGAUGCGAGGAUACAGUACGUGAAUUGGAGAUGUGCAUUGAGAAAGAACUUACUCUUGUCUGUCCCAGUUUCUGGGUUUGGAAUCCAAACAAAGCUACUGAGCAUGACAAGAAUUUGAAAAAAGUUAUACUUUCAUCCCUUGCUCAAAAUGUGGCCAUGUACACUGGCAAUGAUCAACUUGGGUAUGAGGUGGCGUUGACUGGUCAACAUGUUCAGUUACAUCCGUCGUGUUCAUUGCUUGCAUUUGCCCAAAAGCCAAGCUGGGUUGUUUUCGGUGAACUUCUAUCGGUUGUGAAUCAGUACUUGGUAUGUGUGACCGCGUUUGAUUUUGAAGCUUUGUGUAUGCUUGACCCACCUCCGCCUUUUGAUGCCUCUGAAUUGGAUAAUCGAAGACUCCGAGUGAAAAAAAUACUUGGUUGUGGAAGCAUUCUGCUAAAAAGAUUUUGUGGGAAAUCUAACCAUAAUCUGCUUUCACUUGUUUCACGUGCCAGGUCUCUCUGUAUGGAUGAACGGGUUUGUGUUCAAGUUGAUAAUGAUCGGAAUGAGAUUUUAGUGUAUGCAACUUCCAGUGACAUGGAAAAAAUGUCAGCCCUUGUGAAUGAUGCCUUGGAGUUUGAAAAGAGGUGGUUGCGUGAUGAAUGCAUGGAGAAAUAUCUAUAUAAGGGACGUGGAUCUGUGCCUUUUGCACUGUUUGGGUCUGGUGCUCAGAUAAAGCAUCUUGAAGUUGAUCAGAGAUUCUUGACUGUUGAAGUAUAUUAUUUUGGUGAUAAAGUAGUUGAUGACAGGGGGCUGUUGAUGUUUCUUGAGGAAAAGCUUGGCGGGUCUAUUUGCUGUGUUCACAAGUUGUUAAAUAGACAAGAAUGUGAUGAGAAAGAGAAGUGGGGCAGGAUAACCUUUCUCACGCCAGAUUCUGCAAUGAAGGCAACAGAACUUCAGAACUUUAACUUUAACGGAUCUAUAAUUAAACUAUUUCCGUCAUUUGCAAGCGGUGGAGGAAACUAUAAAAUGCCUUCUUUCCCUUCUGUCACGGUCAAGCUUCGAUGGCCUCGGAGGCGGAGCUUAGGUAAAGGUUGUCUUAGGUGCGAAUCCGGUGAUAUCCAUAGCAUAUUCGCUGGAAUAUCCAACCUAAUGAUAGGCGGUAACUUUGUUCGGGUUCGGAGAGAUACAAAAUCUGAGGAUUCCAUUAUGAUAAGUGGGCUUGAUAAAGAUCUGUCUGAGGCCGAAAUUUUGGAUGUUUUGGAGUGUCUUACAAUGAGAAACGAUCUAAACUUUUUCUUGUUCAGGGGAGAUGUGAUAGAGAAUCGAUCUCCCGCUGCCUGUGAAGAUGCUCUAUAUCAGAGAAUCUUUGGGUGUAUGUCAGCGAAGAAUCCUGAGCCUAACACCGUCCGUGUUCAGGUUUUCGAAUCUAAAGCAACGGAUUAUUUCAUGAAAGCAUUGGUUACCUUUGACUGGCGGUUACAUUUGGAAGCAGCAAAAGCUUUGCAGGAUUUAGAUGGAAAAGUACUGCCUGGAUGGCUUCCAUGGCAGAAGAUAAAGUGUGAGCAAUUGUUUCAGAGCUCCUUGACCUGCUCUGCCUCGAUCUAUAACAUUAUUGAAAGGCAACUGAAGGGUUUAUUAAAAAGAUUUGAGAGACAAAGAGGAGCUGAAUGGCGUCUAGACCCCCUUCCUAGCGGUGCUUAUCGUGUGAAAAUAUCUGCUAAUGCAACACGACCCGUUGCCGAGAUGCGGACAUCUCUUGAAGAACUCAUGAGAGGGAGGCUUGUAGAUCAUCCGAGCCUAAGCCCAGCAUUGCUGCAGCAUCUUUUCCGCAGAGAGGGUAUUAAUCUGAUGCGGACAAUCCAGGAGGAGACUGAAACGUACAUAAUUUUUGACAGGUACAAUCUGGCUGUACGCAUCUGUGGAUCAGGAGAGAAAAUUGCCGACGCUGAACAGAAGCUGAUUGACUCGCUCCUGACCUACCAUGAAGGCAAGCAACUGGAAAUUCAUCUCCGAGGUCCUGAUCUGCGUCCUGACCUAAUGAAGGAAGUUGUAAAGCGUUUCGGUCCUGACCUCCAAGGUAUUAAAGAAAAGGUACCUGGGGUUGAUCUCGGGCUCAACAUCAGGCAGCACAUUAUUCUGGUUCGUGGCAGCAGAGAGAUGAAGCAGGAAGUAGAAAAGAUUGUCUAUGAACUGGCGGACAUUGAAAAUGAACAGAGCACAGAACCAGAUGACCUCGAAGCUGCAUGUCCCAUUUGCUUGUCUGAGAUCGAGGAUGGCUACUUACUCGAGGGAUGCUCACACCUCUUUUGCAAAGCAUGUUUGUUGGAACAGUUUGAGGCAUCGAUGAGAAACUCUGACACGUUUCCCAUACUCUGUGCACGUGAAGGCUGUGGGGCUCACAUCGUGCUUGCGGAUCUGAAGGCCCUUCUAUCUCAGGAGAAACUCGACGAACUCUUCCGGGCAUCCCUGUCCUCAUUCGUCGCAUCGAGCAGCAGAAAAUUCCGAUUCUGCCCCACACCAGACUGCCCGGCAAUCUAUCGCGUGGCGGGCCCCUGUGAACAUGGUGAGCCGUUCAUCUGCGGAGCCUGUGACUCGGAGACGUGCACUAAAUGUCACCAAGAAUACCACCCGUGUCUCUCCUGUGAAAGGUACAAACAGUUCAAGGAAGACCCGGAUCUGUCCCUAAAGGAAUGGGCGAGAGGGAAGGACGUGAAGCUGUGUCCGGCCUGCGGCCACACGAUAGAGAAAUCGGAAGGGUGCAACCACGUGGAGUGUCGGUGUGGGAGGCACAUCUGCUGGGUUUGCUUGGACAUCUUCAGCAGCCCCGAACCUUGCUAUGACCAUCUUCGGACCAUUCAUGGCGGCAUUGGAAUCGCCAUGGACGUCAUCGACCUCAUCUGACUUUCAUAUGCAAAGCCCAAUGUACAUAUUUAUAAGCCUUCGGUAAUGGCGCCCGAUCAUAUUACAAAUCUAAGUAAACGGUUCAGUAUGGUUUUUAGAGGUUUUUUUUUCUUUUGUGUAUUUUAAUAAGUGGCGUUUAGUGUAAAUAUGUGCUUUUGCAAAGCAUGUUUUUUUAA